AUGGACCUAGCCACCGGCACGCGGCGGCAUCCCGGAUCCGAUGCGUUCCGCGAAUACAUUGACAAUCAACUUGGGGAGCACGCCCACAGCGGCAUCAACGGCAGCGGUGAAGAACAGGCUUUUGUCUGUAACGAAGCUCUCACGAAUUACUGGACCCGAGAAAGAAUCACCGGCGUGCUGAUUCUUGACGACAACACGGAAGCGGACGCUGAGGCCAUUGGGACCGCCUGUCUCGAAACAUUUUCGAUUUUGUGCUAUAUCUCUUGUUCGGCGUAUUUCAGCCAUUUCACUUCUUUGCAAAUCAACGACGGCCUUCUUCCGAUCAAACAAACCAACUACUCCGAGUGUCAAUGGUCCGGUGAUGUCGGAUUUGUGGAUGCUCUUACUAGGUUCUGCGUAGCACAAUGGAAGUUCAAGCCCCUGGUUUUCGACAAUAUCAAACACCGCAAGGCGUUGCGCUCCGAGUGUAUCCUUCCCAUUGCCUACGACAAGGCGGCACCUCUGACGAAACCAACCAACGGCGAAUUGGCGAUGUACAAGGCGUCUGUCUACCCUUGUUGCGCUGGGUCGAUAUUCACAAGAAAUAUGGGCGGAAACGACCUGGCUCUUAAGAUGCUGAGAUCAAGUGACAGCCACCACUGGGAUAAUGAGGUCGACGCGUACACCUUUCUCUCCCGCAGCUCUCCAGACAACCGCGACGCCCCACGCAAAAGGCCAUUGACGAUGAUGGCGGCAUCCCCGAGCACAGCUGCAUCCUUCAACUACAUCACAAAAUAUCUUGGGUCCUUCAUAAUCACUCCCCCACAAGGUGUCCUGGAAUACCACCGGACCGAUCCUCAUACGGCUGCCGCCCAGCGCCCAGACUUGGACAAAACCCACGUCAUUCUUGUCGAGCAUGCCCGAGGCGGCAACCUAACCUCGUUUUGGCAGCGCCACAUUGAUCUAGUAACUUCGCCAAAGAGAGAGGACCGGGUAAACUUAUGGCAUCAAAUGUUUCAUCUUCUCCGAGCGCUUUCUGCAGUUCACAGCAUCGACGGGACGCACCAAGGCAUACAGGAAUCUAACGUUCUGUUUAUGCGCGAGGAUGGGUUCCCCACUGACCGGGAGAAAGCCUGCUUCAAGCUUACCGACUUCGGGAAGAGCCAGUUUAAAACGCCAGGGGGGACGGGAACAGGAGCAAGGGUCAACCAUUUCGACAACCACACAUACAUGGCACCAGAGUGUUAUGAAACCGACGACAUUGGACGAACUUCUUCGCGACCGUACAGGAAGGCUGCUGAUAUCUGGAGCCUAGGCUGCCUCUUCAGCGACAUGCUUGUGAGGUCAAGCUUGGGCCGGGAAGGUGUGGACAGGUAUCGAGAGGCCCGGGUUACGGCAAACAGGCAGACCAUUGUUCGAACCUAUGCGCCCCAAUGCUUCCACGACGGCAUUCAGCGGCUGCGGUGUGUCGACGAGUUCCACCAAGAGGCUCUCAAGAAGUACCCCGACGACGAUGUGCUGCGUGCCGUCAGCGACAUUAUUCUCGACCACAUGCUCCAGCAGGAGACGGCACGGACGGAUGACGCGUUGACUAUUCGGGGCCACUGGAUAAACCGCAUUGUUGCAAGGCGCGACAGCCCGGCAGCGGCGCUCGCGAGAUUCCCCAUCGACUCAGAACCCAGCCCUACGCCCACCAUCUCCGCCCAGCUUUUCUCGAUCGGAAACAUUGUGCGAAGAGUUGACCUCAAGGCGGUUCACCACGCCAGCUACUGCGCCUUCGAUCAGGUCGGUAAGCACGACUGUAAGGCGCCGCGCUAG